AUGAACAAGCCCUCACUGCAACAAGCCUUCACUGCAACAAGCCCCCGCCACAGCAGCGUAACAAGCCCCUGCCACAGCACCGCAACAAACCCACACUGCAACAAGCCCCUGCCACAGCACCGCAACAAACCCACACUGCAACAAGCCCCUGCCACAGCACCGCAACAAACCCACACUGCAACAAGCCCCCGCCUCGGCACUGCAACAAGCCCCCGCCUCGGCACUGCAACAAGCCCCCGCCUCGGCACUGCAACAAGCCCCCGCCUCGGCACUGCAACAAGCCCCCGCCUCGGCACUGCAACAAGCCCCCGCCUCGGCACUGCAACAAGCCCCCGCCUCGGCACUGCAACAAGCCCCCCGCCUCAGCACUGCAACAAGCCCCCGCAGCAGCACUGCAACAAGCCCCCGCAGCAGCACUGCAACAAGCCGCAGCACUGCAACAAGCCGCAGCACUGCAACAAGCCGCAGCACUGCAACAAGCCGCAGCACUGCAACAAGCCCACACUGCCACAGCACCGCAACAAGCCCACACCGCAACAAGCCCCUGCCGCAGCACCGCAACAAGCCCCUGCCACAGCACCGCAACAAGCCCCUGCCACAGCACCGCAACAAGCCCCUGCCGCAGCAAGCCCCUGCCACAGCACCGCAACAAGCCCCUGCCACAGCACCGCAACAAGCCCCUGCCGCAGCAAGCCCCUGCCACAGCACCGCAACAAGCCCCUGCCACAGCACCGCAACAAGCCCCUGCCACAGCACCGCAACAAGCCCCUGCCACAGCACCGCAACAAGCCCCUGCCACAGCACCGCAACAAGCCCCUGACACAUCACCGCAACAAGCCCCUGCCACAGCACUGCAACAAGCCCAAACUGCAACAAGCCCACACAGCAGCACCUCAGCACUGCAACAAGCCCCCGCCACAGCACCUCAGCACUGCAACAAGCCCCCGCCACAGCACCUCAGCACUGCAACAAGCCCCCGCCUCAGCACUGCAACAAGCCCCCGCCACAGCACCUCAGCACUGCAACAAGCCCCCGCCACAGCAGCACCUCAGCACUGCAACAAGCCCCUGCCUCAGCACUGCAACAAGCCCCGGCCACAGCAGCACCUCAGCACUGCAACAAGCCCCCGCCACAGCAGCACCUCAGCACUGCAACAAGCCCCCGCUACAGCCGCACCUCAGCACUGCAACACGCCCCGGCCACAGCCACACCUCAGCACUGCAACACGCCCCCGCCACAGCACCUCAGCACUGCAACAAGCCCCCGCCACAGCAGCAUCUCAGCACUGCAACAAGCCCCCGCCACAGCACCGCAACAAGCCCACACAGCAGCACCUCAGCACUGCAACAAGCCCCCGCCACAGCACCUCAGCACUGCAACAAGCCCCCGCCACAGCAGCACCUCAGAACUGCAACAAGCCCCCGCCACAGAAGCACCUCAGCACUGCAACAAGCCCCCGCCACAGCAGCACCUCAGCACUGCAACACGCCCCCGCCACCCCGCCACAGCACUGCAACAAGCCCACACAGAAGCGCCACAGCACUGCAACAAGCCCCCGCCACAGCACUGCAACAAGCCCACCCUGCCACAGCACUGCAACAAGCCCACCCUGUCACAGCACUGCAACAAGCCCACCCUGCCACAGCACUGCAACAAGCCCACCCUGCCACAGCACCGCAACAAGCCCACCGCCACAGCACCGCAACAAGCCCCCCACCACAGCACCGCAACAAGCCCCCCACCACAGCACCGCAACAAGCCCCCCGCCACAGCACCGCAACAAGCCCCCGCCACAGCACCGCAUGUUCCUUAACAGUCUAUUGA